ACCGAGUUGCUCCGAGGGUUUAUCAACACGGUUCGUUCCUUCGACCCCGACGUCAUCGCCGGUUUCGAGAUCCAGGGUUCAUCGCUCGGGUACCUCGCGGAGCGAGCGGCGGUGCUCAACAUCGGGUUGUUGCGGGAGAUUUCCAGGGAUGAACGACGACCGGGCGCAGCGGAGCGACAGGACGAUGAAUACGGUCGCUUACACGCGAGCGGAAUCCACGUCACGGGUCGCAUCGUGAUCAACCUGUGGCGCACUCUUCGCGGUGAACUGAAGUUGCAGUCGUACACGCUCGAAUCAUGCGCACACGCCGUGCUGCGACGACGUCUACCGUGUUUUCCUGCAAAGACUCUCGCGCGGUGGGCUCGAGGCGGCGACUCGGCCAUCGGUCCAGGCGUAGGCAUCGCGCAUCAGCGCUGGCGUGCCAUACGCCACGCGACUUCUCGAUCGAACAUCACCGCGAGGAUGAUGGAGCAGCUCGACCUGGUCGCGCGCACCGCAGAGCAGGCUCGAAUCUUCGGCAUCGACUUCUUCUCGGUGCUGUCCAGGGGCAGUCAGUACAGGGUCGAGUCCAUGUUGCUGCGACUCGCGCACACCCAAAAUUACGUCAUGAUCAGCCCUAACAAGGAACAGGUUGCGAGGCAGCCCGCGAUGGAAUGCCUGCCGCUGGUGAUGGAACCCGAGUCGAAGAUGUACGACGAUCCAGUGGCUGUUCUGGAUUUUCAGUCGCUCUAUCCAUCGAUGGUUAUCGCUUACAACUUGUGCUACUCUACGUGCAUGGGAAGAGUGCCGAGAGACGUUGACGGCGGCGAUGGAGGCUCCCUCGGCGUUGCAGAGCUCGCGCUGCCUCGCGGCCUACUCCCAUCGCUCGUCAACGGCGACGGAUCGGAGGCUCCGCCCGGAGUGACGUGUGCACCCAACGGCGUGAUGUUUGCACCUCACUCGGCUCGACCCGGUGUCCUGCCGCGGCUCCUCACGGAAAUUCUGGACACGCGUGUGAUGGUCAAGCAGGCGCUGAAGCGAACACCAGCGGACCAGCGCGCGCGCCGCCGGGCACUGAACGCGCGUCAGUUUGGUCUCAAGCUCAUCGCCAACGUCACCUACGGGUACACCGCGGCAGGAUUCUCUGGCCGGAUGCCCAUGGCUGAGCUCGCUGAUGCCAUCGUACAGAGUGGGAGGGAGACUCUGGAGCGCGCCAUCCAGACGGUGCACUCCAACCCGCGUUGGGGCGCGAGGGUGGUGUACGGCGACACUGACUCUUUGUUUGUGCACAUGCCGGGUCGGACAGUGGAAGAGGCGCACAUCAUCGGUCAAGAAAUUGCCGCGGCGGUCACCGCCGAGAACCCUCCUCCCGUGGUGCUGAAGCUCGAGAAGGUGUACUCGCCGUGCAUGCUGGUCACGAAGAAACGCUACGUCGGUCACAUGUUUGAGACGCCUUCGCAGACUGUGCCAACGUUUGAUGCGAAGGGAAUCGAGACUGUGCGCAGAGACUCGUGCCCGGCGGUGGUGAAGAUCAUGCGAACUUCGCUGAGGCUUCUGUUUGCCUCCAAGGACCUGAGCCUGGUCAAGCGGUACGUGCAGUCUCAGCUCAGCAAGAUUCUCGCGGGUCGAGUGCCGAUUCGAGAGUUUAUCUUUGCAAAGGAGGUUCGGCUCGGGACCUACUCCUCGGCGAAUGGCGGUCAACUUCCGCCCGCCGCGCUCGUGGCGAGUAAGGCUCUCGCGAAGGAUCCGAGGGGCGAGCCAAAACACGGCGAGCGCGUCAGGUACGUCGUGACGCACGGACAACCGGGCGCGAGGCUCAUCGACAUGGUGUUCUCGCCGGGCGAGCUCAUCGAAAGCCGCGGUAGCCUCAGGUUGCAUGCGGAGUACUACUGCAAGAAGCAGAUAGUUCCCGCGCUCCAGAGGUGCCUCGGACUGGUUGGUGCGGACGUCCCCGCGUGGCUCGCUGAAGUGCCCCCGCCGCCUCGAGCGACUGCGAACAAACGGCCCACGUUGAUGAUUGGCGGACCAGCCGCCAGGCAGGGCGCGACCAUAGAUGGAUACUACCUGUCGAGGCAUUGCGCGGUUUGCGGGCAACUGACAAAGCCACCGAGAGUCGUGUGCGAGGAUUGCGGCGACUCGCCGAUGGCCGCGGCGACACUGGCGUGGCGUGGAGCUCAGCUUGAACAUCGUUUGGCCGCCAUGGCGGCGAUUUGUGCGGGAUGUGGCGGCGGCGGAGGUGGUGGCGAGAUCGAGUGUUUCUCGCUCGAUUGCCCGGUUUACUUUGAGAGGAUGAAGGUUGACGCGGAGCUGGACUCGGCUCGACAUUGA